UGCAACACAACACUGCCAAACUGUUUGGUCGCGAAUAGUUUCACUGAUAACUGAUAAGGCUCGCCGGCCGACGACGUGGAGUGUAAAAAGUUUCCGUUCUGAUCGAAAACAUGCCGCAAGCGCUGGUUUUGCUCUGUGCCCUAUCGGUCCUCAUCCUUCCGAUCUACGGUGGUGGCCCCGAAGAGAACGAGGGCGUAAAGUACGCGGAUCGUUGUGAAGCUUGCAAAAUCCUUGCGACGGAACUGCAAGCACGGCUAACGGAAACCGGCCGGUCGCACGAUGUAAUCGAGUUGGGGUACUCGGUGGAUGAUGUGAAGCCAAAAAAGCGCACGGAGUAUCGGCGCAGCGAGCUGCGCCUGCUGGACACGCUGGAGAACGUUUGCGAGCGAAUCCUUCAGUACAACAUCCACAAGGAGCGCAAGGAUAGUACGCGGUUUGCCAAAGGAAUGUCACAAACGUUUCAAACGCUACACGGCCUGGUGGACAAGGGCGUGAAGGUGGAUCUAGGCAUCCCGUACGAACUGUGGGACAAACCGUCGGCCGAGAUCACGCAGAUGAAAACGCAAUGCGAAACGCUGCUCGAGGGCUACGAGGAUGUGAUCGAGAGGUGGUACUUUGAAAAGCAGGACGAAAAGCCACUGAUCGAGUAUCUGUGCGGGGACCAUGUGCUGAGGGAUGGAAAUGCGGAGUGUCUGGGCGAAAAACUAGAAACUGGUGCCAAAAAGAAGGGAUCCAAGAAGAAGGGCAAGAAGGAGGAACUAUGAGCGUGACGAUCCGGACCCUAGAUACCGUAAUGAGGCCGGUUGAUUCGACGAAGACUCAUCAAAAUGUAAUCAGUUCCGUUGGGUUGUUUCCAUCGACUACAAUUUAUUUACGACACACAAUUUACAUCGACACAACUUAUUUACGUUCGAGGCCACUAUUUUACCUCAGCUCCCCAAUUCCCCGUUCGGCCCGUGCCCGAUGCCGACAGACUGUCCCACGAUGUUAAGUAAUAA